CCGGCUGAGGCGGCCAAGUGGCUCGAGGAUGGGGUAGGCGCCGAGAGGGGGCGGGUGGUUGCUUGCGGGAGGCAGUCACAGGUCAUGUGACCGGAAGGGCUCCUGACGGACGCCGUCCCUCCUCGGCUCGGCCUGAGCGCCCUGCCCGACCCCGGCGAUGGGGUGCUGCUACAGCAGCGAGAACGAGGACUCGGACCAGGACCGGGAUGAACGGAAGCUGCUGCUGGACCCUAGCAGUCCCCCAACCAAAACCCUCAAUGGAGCUGAGCCCAACUACCACAGCCUGCCUUCCGCUCGCACAGAUGAGCAGGCCUUGCUCUCCUCCAUCCUUGCCAAGACAGCCAGCAACAUCAUCGACGUGUCUGCUGCAGACUCCCAGGGCAUGGAGCAGCAUGAAUACAUGGACCGGGCAAGGCAGUACAGCACCCGCUUGGCUGUGCUGAGCAGCAGCCUGACCCAUUGGAAGAAGCUGCCACCGCUGCCAUCUCUCACCAGCCAGCCCCACCAAGUGCUGGCCAGUGAGCCCAUCCCUUUCUCCGACUUGCAGCAGGUCUCCAGGAUAGCUGCUUAUGCCUACAGUGCACUUUCUCAGAUCCGUGUGGACGCAAAAGAGGAGCUGGUUGUACAGUUUGGGAUCCCAUGAAGAGAGGGGUCCUUGGACAGCUCUUCUCCUCUCUCCACCCUGGCUCCCCUGGCCCCCAGCCUCACUGCGGCUUAUACAGUACCCUACCUAACCUGCUACUAAUCACAGAGAAGAACGUGGAGAAGGAGGAGAAGAGAGAGGCUAGAAGCCUGAGCAAGUGAGGAUGGAGCAAGGGAGGGUAGAACCGUUUGGGACUGGCUAUUGAAGCCCUGGCCAGGGGUGGGGUGAGGCCAAAAAUAUAGGGCCUGGUAUGUCUUCAGUCAUUGCGAAAAUGGAGAUACCACUGGGGGGUGGGGAGGUGAUCACCAAGGGACCUAGGGGAUCCCCUCCCCACCCUUUCUCUUGGCCUCAGAUUCAGUCCUGCCCCCCUCUCCCUGACUUGGUGCUCAUAUGCACCUCACUAGGGUUUGUGACCAGGGCCUGGAUGAGCUUGAAUUUGAAUGAAUUGAGUUUGUAUUUCUAGCACCCUGGGUUUUUAUGUGUUUUUUCUUUUCAUUUGGUUUGUCAUCCUCGAUAAAGGAAGUAUAUUCAUC